UUGGCUGUCGAGUUUUGUUUAGUUGAGGCGCUGCACGAACUCAGUCUUUCCAUUUCUUCCUCAGAAACGGACUACAGCCGCCAGGAUCAGAACGGAGCUCGUGGCAGAAAAAGAACCGUUUCUAAAAGUUAAUAAGGACCACGAUUACGCACGUUACUUGGGUAUUUUCCCUAACAAAAAAAAAAAAACAGGAUUUUGAUCACAACGUUAAAGCCAGAAAAAGAAGACCGUUAUGUCUACAUAUAGAUGCCUUGUUAAAUUAGCAUAAGCGUGGCAUUUAUUCUCGGAAACUGUGUUUUGUUGAACCUCGUUAUUGGUUAUCGAACAAGUUCUAGCUUUGUUGCUUUGCUUAAGCUUUUUCUUCUGUCAACGUCAACGUUUGUCAGCCAGCUGUGUUCGUACGUCAGCGCGGGACAGAUGACGACUGAGAGCUCCCACGGACCACUGCGACCGACGCCCCCGAUGAGGACCAGUCCAGAGUCCAGCGCGCUGCAUCCAGGACCGAUGAAUACUACAGGUAGCCUGGAGGACCAUGGCACAGUGUCCAAGAAUAAAAAGACUAACUCAGGACUGCGACGCCCGGAGAAACCGCCCUACUCUUACAUCGCACUAAUUGUGAUGGCAAUUCAGAGCGCACCGACAAAGCGACUCACACUUAGUGAGAUUUACCAGUUCUUACAAACACGCUUUCCUUUUUUCCGAGGCUCUUACCAGGGCUGGAAAAACUCUGUUCGGCACAACUUGUCUCUGAACGAGUGCUUCAUUAAACUACCAAAAGGUCUUGGGCGGCCGGGAAAAGGACAUUACUGGACCAUAGACCCCACCAGUGAGUUUAUGUUCGAGGAAGGGUCAUUUCGGCGAAGACCACGAGGAUUUAGGAGAAAAUGUCAGGCCAUGAAACCCAUGUACAGAAUGAUGAACGGCCUCGGGUUCGGUUCCGCCAUUUUACCCCAGAGCUUCGAUUACCAACCUCCCACCGGCGCACUUGCGUGCCACGGCACUGGCUAUAACCUGGACCUGUCUGGUAAUGGUUAUGAGUCAAUAAACAGCGGACACCACGGUCACAUGUCCCCCAGCUCGAGACAUGGUUAUAUGGCUAGCUGUCCAGUGCCCGGGAACGGAGACUAUGGCGCGGAGAGCAACACCAGCCCAGUCCCGUCUUCUCCUGCCAUAGCGGGCGCGCUCGAGGGUCACUCGCCGUAUUCAGAGGGAACAGCAUUAUGGGCUUCUUCUUCAAAUUCUCCAUACCUAAAACAGCCUACUACAGUCUCGACCAAUUCUCCGUCCACGGGCCAGCAUCCAGGCAUAUUCACCUACUCCCUGGAACAGGGUUACAUACAACAAAGUGCGAGAGACAACACAGACAUGUCAGUGGGUAUAUCGCGCUAUCCGACACAUUCUUCCCCAGUCGGAGAACGGAAGGACUUCAUGUUGAAUUUUAACGGAAUUACCUCCUUCCAUCCGUCUGCUGGUGGAUAUUAUCAUCACCAUCAUCAUCACCAUCACCACCAUCAGAGUAUGCACCAAGACGUCAAACCUUGCGUGAUGUAGUCCGCUGGUUGCGGAGCAAGUUGCACAAAGAUAAGCACUUGGAUAGCUGUGAGGUAAAGACAAUUAAUGAAGGAUUAAUAAUUGUACACUCACAAGAUGCUUGGCAAUGUGUGUGUGCGUGUUUUUUUUUUUUUUUUUUUUUUUUGAAAACCAGCGAAAAAGCCCCUGGCGACUUGAUUUGACCUCAACGCAAGAAGCGCAUAUGAAACAGUUAAACUCAUGAAGUCAUGGACUUGCCACUUUAUGCCUUGUGGUUACAUUUCAAUAGAGUUUGAAUUAAACACAUAUAAGUAUAUUUCACUUAAUCUGUACAGUGCAAUGUGAUGUUAGUAAUAAAUCAUUUCAAAGGAAA